AUUGAUUCUCAACUUAGAAAACCAGUUAAAAGAUCGACAAGCAAAGAUUAUUUUGACCAAGAAAAAUGAAUAACACAACGUCAAGAAAUCCUAUCAAGACCAAUGACACAAACAUCUCUGGUCAUGACCCAUUCUAUCGUACCCAAGUAGCCAUCAUCGCCCAAACCGCGUCACUAGCAGUGCUUGGAGUCAUCAUUGUCCUUGGCAACCUAGCCUCCAUCAUCACCUUCGUUAAGACCCAGUCCCUUCGCAGACGAUGUCACUAUCUUAUCAUCUGUCUGGCUGUAUCAGAUCUUCUCGUUGGUGUGGUCGAUUUCAUGUCUGCGUACUUCUUUUGGACCGGUCCACAGUGGAAUACGUUCCUUGUUGUGCUCGAGUUCAUGGACACACUGACCGGAAUAGCGUCUGUUAUGACGUUAUCAAAUAUAGCCAUUGAACGUUUCUAUGCUAUCUUUUAUCCAUUUCGGCAUCGCAGGCUACGAUUCAGAGUGUAUGUUGCAUUGUGUGCCUUCCCUUGGAUAACAGCAACCUAUAUUUCUGCUCUGUACAUUACUUCAGUAUAUUACAGCACAUCCAUUCUCAAGAUAUAUACUUACCACACGUUUUCUGUCGCAUCAAUCGCUUUACUGGUUAUUCUGUGUUCUUACAUCACUAUUGGUGUAAAACUGAGAAACAAUAACCCAAGCGCUCAAAACCAAAAUCGUCCUUCUCGUGACCAAAAGCUGGCGGUUACGCUACUAAUAGUGACCCUUGCUUCUAUGUUGACUUGGUUACCUUUGCAGUGCUUUCUGGUCGUUCUGUAUUUCUGCCUCUCUUGUCCUCUACCUCAUUUCAACCUUCUGUUUGUCAUGAAGUUUUUACAGUUCUGUAACUCCGGAAUCAAUGUGUUUAUCUACAUCGUGAGGAUGCCUGAAUUCCGAAGCGCAUUCCUGGUACUUUUCUGCGGAAAGAGUGAGCAAAAUAAUAGGGCCCAGGAAAGCACUCGAAUGACGUCCACUGCGUCGGUAAUUAACAACGGAUUUGUCGGAAAUCAGAAUGGAAGUGGAAAUACUUGCCGAAAUAGAAGUACCGCUGGUCCCAAGAACAACAGCAACCUGCCUUCGCAUGCGCAUAACAACCUACAGAAACUGCAGCCAGAAAGCCCUUAUCAGUUCACCAAUAGCAGCGCCCAAAAUGAUGGAGCAAGAACCCAUAGCUCCAAUAGCAAUCCAACCAACCAGAACCCCAGGAACUGCAACACCGAAAAUCAAAAUGCCAAAGAAAGUGAGUCAUGCAACAUCAAGCAAAUAUACUUGACAAAGGAGGGUGACAGCUUAUUGGAUCAAUCAGGAUACCAACAAGGCGUUACUAAUAACGCAUGUGAGACUGAAGCGAGUGGAAUUGAAGACUCUCGGCUUUGAAGGUUUAUGUACAUGUAGUAGCUACUAAUAUUAUUUAUAAAGCAUAUUUAGGCCUGCUUUGCGUUUACAACUUUCUCUUGUUUUGUUUUUUUAUCGCUGAUUCGUUUCGUAUACAGCUAUUUCAAAAAAAGGUUGGUAAAGGUUUUGUUGCAUGUUUAAUACCAAUCCCGAAAUGUAGUAUUUGCGAUGAGAAUACCAUCAGCGAAGGAUCAAAACGAUAUGAAGUUUUCCCUCUAAUUGUAUCAUCACUCUAUAAUCCCAUUAUA